GCACUGGUUCUAGUCAUGGCUGGCCUCUUGGGUGCUGCAACUGCCAAUAUAGGCGACAAGUGCUCGACGAGUGCGGACUGCGGCGCGGGGCAGUGGUGCUUCGACUGCGAGCCGGAGCUCGCCGGCUCCCACUGCGUCCGCUCCGCCGCCACCAACCCCUUCCAACUUGUUAAUAACUCGUUGCCAUUCAACAAGUAUGCCUAUCUCACGACACACAAUUCAUUCGCGAUUGUUGGGGAACCGUCGCACACCGGAAUUCCACGCAUCACCUUCGACAACCAGGAGGAUACAGUCACCGAUCAGUUGAAUAAUGGUGUCCGCGCGCUAAUGCUUGACACAUAUGACUUCAAAGGAGAUGUAUGGUUGUGCCAUUCCAGUGGAGGCAAAUGCAACGAUUUUACUGCAUUUGAACCAGCACUGGACACAUUCAAGGAAAUUGAGGCAUUUCUUUCUGCCAACCCAUCUGAAAUCGUUACGUUGAUCCUGGAAGACUAUGUUAACGCGCCAAAUGGCCUGACGAACGUGUUCAAUGCCUCUGGUUUGCAAAAGUACUGGUUUCCGGUUUCGAAAAUGCCGCAGAAUGGUCAGGACUGGCCUCUUGUCAGUGAUAUGGUCACAAGCAACCAGCGUCUCCUUGUGUUCACCUCUGCCAGAUCGAAGCAAGUCACAGAAGGAAUCGCAUACCAGUGGAAUUUCAUGGUUGAGAACAAUUAUGGUGACGAUGGAAUGGAUGCUGGCGAAUGCUCGAACCGUGCAGAGUCCGCGCCGCUCAACGACAAGACCAAGUCACUGGUCCUCAUGAACUACUUUCCGUCUGUCCCUGUGAAGCUGACUGCAUGUUUGCAGCACAACAAGGGCCUCACUGACAUGGCUAGUACAUGCUACAGCGCAGCCGGAAAUCGAUGGGCUAAUUUCAUCGCAGUUGACUACUACAAGAGAAGCGAGGGAGGGGGCGCGUUCCAAGCCACCGAUCUGCUCAACGGCAUGCUCCUGUGUGGAUGCCAGGACGUCAAGGCUUGCCAGCAAGGAUCGAGUGUAGUAUGCUCUGCCUGAAUCUGGGAAAACUAGGACAUGUAGCAACUGCACAUACAUAGAACAAGCGGAGAACUGGAGAUGCAUGGCCUGAUGAUUUAGUCUCAAGACGAGACAAGACAUACUCUUUUUUUGGGGGGCUAGAAGAAAGACAUACUUAGGAUCCAGAUUUCCCAAAUCCGAAAGUUGAAAAUGACGGGUUUCGGCAAUGGAAAAAAGGUGAAGAUGUUGGAUAGUGCAUUACAACAGUGAACAUGAUUCAUCGAUAUGCUGUACUCUCGGUCUCGGAGACAUUGUAGUUCUGCCUGGUUGAAUGUUUGACAUAGAUGGAUUACACAUCAAGAUAUAUUGCUAUAAAUGAAUUAUUAAUGGUUUA